CUCCACUACGACAACACCAUGAAGUUCUCGACCAUCCUCGCUGUUACCAUCGCGUCGGUCGCCGCUGGCCCGUGCGACCUCGCUGUCUUGACGGAAAAGUUUGCGCCUGUGCUUACGUCGUCGAGCUACCCGCUCUGCUCGGCUGAUACGGGCUACCAGCUCGCUAGCCUCCUCACGGGCCCGCUCCCGACGACGACGCAGGCCGCGGCCCUCGUCAAGAGCGACAACUGCCAGACGCUCUACACCGGCACGCUCCAGAAGGUCGCCGGUGGCGUCACCCCGUCGUGCACACUCGGCGGCGUCGAGCUCAGCGUGAUUGCUGUGACGCCCAUGGACAAGGCGCUUGCUGCCUUGGCGGCUGCGGCGGCACCGGCGGCGGCGAUCCCGGUCUGUGACUCGGCUGUGCUUACGGCGAAGUUCGCGCCCGUCCUCGCGUCGCCCAGCUACCCGCUCUGCUCGGCGGAUACGGGCUACCAGCUCGCCAGCUUGAUCACGGGCCCGCUCCCGACCUCAACGCAGGCGGCGGCCCUUGUCAAGAGCGACAACUGCCAGACGCUCUACACCGGCACGCUCCAGAAGCACGCUCGCCACGACGCCCAUGGACAAGGCACUCGCUGCUUUGGCGGCUGCGGCGGCGGCUCCUGCGAUGGGUAA